AUGCGAAGUGUAUUCAAAAAGAAGAAGGCUUUAAAACUACCAGCACAACUCUAUCGUUCCAAGGAGAAGGCCAACAAUGCGUUGCGGAACAUCUUCGAAACAAGCAUCAGAUCACAGCCAAAGAAGUCGGAUUCGGUGGCGUCGAUUCUGGAGCCGGUCAAAGAGGCCAAGGCGGAAAGGAGGCCAGGUAAAUAUUUUUUUCUUUGAGAAUAGCAUUGUUGAAAAUUUUAAUAAUUUUUUUGAAAUUUAGAAAUUAUGUAUGAAAAAAAAAUUUCAAAUUUUUGAAAAUUUUUUUUUAGUUUUUUUAAAUAUUGUUUUACAGGCCUAAUACGACGAAUAUUGCACGGAUUAUUCACUGAUUGGAUCUUGCUAGCCCUGUUAGGAUGCAGUAUGGCUUUAUGUUCAAUAGCAAUGGACGAAGCUAUCGAUAGGAUUGCUACUUGUAAGUCUGACCUAGCUCUGUGCUCGCUCUGUCCUAGCUCUGCCCUAGCAUUGCCUUAACAUUUUUUAAGCACUGCCUUAACGGUGCCCGAGCUCUGUUCUAUCCUCGCUCUAGUACGGCCCUAUUCAUGUUCUAGCCUCAGCUCUGCUUUGCCCUAGACCUCUAGCUUUACCUUAGCCUUGCUCUGCCCUAUCCUUACUUUAUCUUUGAUUUAUCAUAUCUACCCUACUCUAGUUCUAUCUGCGAUUUACGAUUGCCUUUUUUAGUCAGCUCUAGCCGUUUUUCUUUGUCUUCUCUUGAUUCUACCCUUCCCCGACCUUCUACCCUUGUCUUUAAAAGGUCAUUUUUUGUAUUUCAGGGCAUAUCAAUGUCAUAAACGAUGUAAAAGACCGAACAUUCGGCCUAACUCGAGAAGUGGCUAUGUUCCUAAUAUGGGUACUGUACGCAGUAGUACUAGUAACGUCAUCAGCCCUAUUCGCUCACUACGUAGCACCACAAGCGAUAGGAAGUGGCAUACCUGAAAUGAAGACAAUCUUAAGAGGAGUCGUGCUAAAAGAGUACCUAUCGUUCCGCACGUUGGUAUCGAAAAUGGUGGGAUUAACGUUAUCAUUGGGAUCAGGGAUGCCGAUUGGAAAAGAAGGCCCAUUUGUUCAUGUAGCCAGUGUUGUAGCCAAUCUACUGAGUAGAUUGGUACAUUCGUUCGACUCGGUCUAUGUUAAUGAAAGCCGACAUACGGAGAUGUUGGCUGCUGGGUGUGCGGUCGGAGUGGCUUGUGUGUUCUCGGCUCCGGUUGGAGGUAAGGGUUAAUGUUGUUAUAGGUUAGUUUAAGAGGAGCAGGGGGGGGGGUGUUAUAGGCAAUAUUAAGGAAGGGGAAAGAAGUAAGAAGAAGGGCCUAUGAUUUUAGCAUGGGGGCGGAGGAAAAAAAAUUUGGGGGGGGGGAGGGGGGGGAAGGGGGUACUUGUGAAUAAAAAACAUUUUUCUCGUGCUGGUACCUUUGAAAAUAAAAUUUUAAAUCAACAGGGAGGGGAGAGGGGCAAGUUGAAUUUUUAGAAAACUUUGGAAAAUCGGCCCACAGGACCUGUGGACGAAAAAAAUUUUCGGCCUCCCCCUCCCCCAGAGAAAAUCUGUAGCGACGUCCCUGGUAACAACUAAUAUUAUUAUAAUUUAGGUGUACUGUUCUCAAUCGAAGUAACCAGCGUUUACUUUGCCGUGCGAAACUAUUGGCGUGGAUUCUUCGCGGCCGCAUGCGCCGCCACGGUGUUUAGGUUGGCAAAACUGUUCAUUAAAACUGAUGGUAAGGCUUUUAAAAUCGAUGUUUUUCUCCGUACAAAACGAAAAAUAGCAAGAACAUUCUUUACAAGACUUGUAUUCCGGGUAAAGUUUAAGUAAAUUGUAAAAAAUAGUGAAUGUUGUGGUAUUUGUGAAUGUUGUGAUUGUGUUUUAGACGGUCUAAUCGCUUUUUAUCAGACUUCCUUCCCACAAGACUCCUUUUAUCCGGAGGAAAUGCUCAUUUUCGCUGGAAUUGGGUGAGUUUUUUUUAUUGUUAUUGGGUGUAACUUUAUUGACUGUAAUUUUUAUGUAGAUAAUGAUGAGUAUAGGCUUGGUUUUUAAUGGUAGAUGUUUGUAAAAUACGGUAAACGAUUGAAUAUGUAACGUAAAUAAAUAAAAAUGUCGUCUGUCAGGGAAAAAACCGGCAAUUGAUCAACUGUUUUUAUAAAAAAAACUGAAAAUUUGGUAUUUUUAUAACUUUUUCUAUUGUUUUUGAAGUUUACAAAUGGUUAUCAAACUUAAAUCUACCUAAAAUAUGUUUUAAAAUAUACCUACGAUGUUUUAGAUUCGUAUGCGGUGUAGCAUCAGCCGGUUUCAUAGCCCUACAUCGCUUCUUCGUCCUGUUCCUUCGACGCAACUUCGUCAUGAAGAAGAUCUUUCAAAAAAGGCAAGUUCAUGAUAAUAUUCGCGAUCUAAAAUGUUGUAAAUAUAAUAAAAAGUUGAACAAGAGUCUAAUAACAGAUAAAGUUUAGUUGGCUCAUUUACCCAAUCGUUGUUUCCCUGUUCAUCUCGAUAUUAACCUACCCGAAUGGCUACGGACAAUUUCUUGGUGGAUUUGUAGGUUUUUAUUGAUUGUUUGUGAAGUUUAGGUAUGAAAUAUUUGUGGAGGAGAUUAGAAAAAGAUUUUAAAUGCCUCUAAAAGUGUUAUGGGACAGAUUUUGGAGGGUUCAUCGGAGGGAGAGAGAGACUUGACUCAAAAAUAUUUUUUGCGUCAAGUCUUUCUUUCGCAAUUUCUUAAUGCUUUUGUAGUAAAAUACGACAAGCUAUGCUUUUUAGAAUAAGUUCAGUAAAUCGGCACAAUAUUUUUUCUUAAAUUGUACAUGGACGGCGAAGACAAACACCACGGACUACUGCGGAGACGAAAAACUUGUUGGAUGGUUGGGAGAAGACUACGAUAGAGAUGUUUUCCUGGUCUUGCUUUGCUUCAUGGUUACUUUUGUAAGUUUUAGACAUUGUAUCGUUUGAUAUGUCAAUAAAGAAUGGCAUAAGUUUGCAAAAUUCUUCAUUUUUUGCCUAAGAUACGGAGUUUUCAAGCGUUUUUCGAAGAAAAUGUGCCAUUUCUUAACAAACGUGAACCUAAAAAUAUUUUUUUUCGAUAUUUUAUUGAAUGCAAGUUUAUUUCAGUACUACCUAGCAGCACUAGCGAGCACUUUACCAAUCCCGUCCGGCUCAUUCGGGCCUUCAUUUACGAUUGGAGCGGCUUUUGGUCGCUUCGUCGGUGAAGCCUUGGCUUAUACAGUAGGAAACUUUAGAGGCACCACAGGUCAUGGCAUCUAUCCUGGAGGGUAUGCUGUUGUUGGUAAGGGCUUACCUUGUUUUUGGGCGUUUGGGAAGGGGUGGUUUUAUCUUUUUUGCAAAAUUUUGCUUUUUGUAGCGAAACUGAAGGAGCGGUACCAGACGGUACUAUACCGAAUUUUUUUGAAAUUUUGGUGUUUAAAGGUUUAGUGUAUGUUAAUUAUGGUUGUUAAUUUUUAUUUUGAAAUUUCAAGUUUAAAUUAUCAAAAAUAUGAUUUAAAAGUUUGCAUUUCGAUUUUGCCGCCUUUUUUUUGGCAUAGUGCUUUACGGCUAAAACUUGGUGUCUAAAUGAGUUUUAUGAAUAAAAAAAGGUUUUUUGUGACAAUUUUAGGUAAUAUUUUUAUAACUUAUGGCGUUAAAUUUAAAAAAUGGUUUUUUGCAAGAUAUUGUAGUAGUUAAUGAAAUAAUAUUAUUUUAGGUGCCGCAGCGUUUUCUGGCGGCGUUACACAUACGAUAUCUGUAGCAGUAAUCAUGUUUGAGCUAACAGGACAGUUGGUUUACAUAUUACCGGUUAUGGUAGGUUUCUAAUAUUGUUUUAAAGCUCAUGAUUCUUUGUAUAUGUGCUCAAACAUCAAUCCAGACCUUCUUAGCCUUAGUCUCAACCUAGGUCUUAGCUCUAGUCUUAGCUUCAGCUCUAGUCUCAGCCUUAUUCCGUGUUCUAGUUUUAGUUUUGCACAAGCCCUAGAUUAAGUUCUAGCCCCAGCCCUAGCGUGAGUCAUAGUCCUACCUCAGCCCUGGUCCCAGCCCUAGACCUAGUCCUGAGAUUUACUAAUGUUUAGGACAAAAUUACUUGACUGUUGACAAUAGCCUUUAACUACUAACUACUUUACAGUAUUUAAUAGUGUCUUUCGUUCCAGAUUGCGGUUUUAAUAGCCAAUGCCGUCUGCUCAUACCUACAACCAUCAAUAUACGACUCCAUAAUCCAAAUCAAACAUCUACCCUAUCUUCCCGACAUUCCCCAUGCCUCGUCAAAGUUCCACGGUGUUCACGUCGAACAGUUCAUGACGGCCGAAGUGCUGUACCUAAGCAAGUCAUCGACAUACGGCGAUGUUCAGAACCUACUACUCUCGAAUGACCGAAUCAAAGCCUUUCCUAUUGUGGACGAUACUCGCAACAUGAUACUGAUUGGCUCCUGUUCACGAGCCAAACUGAUACGAAAUUUGGACGAAAAAGUGGGCCACAAUGCGCGGCAAGCCGAAGCCCUACGGCAGUUUGAGACAAACUUGCAGGUAAAUGCGAAUGUAAGCACUUUAACCCUUUGUUUGUGUGGCUAGCAGCACUGGUGUGUAAUGUUGUGGUUUGUUUCGUUUUAAAAAUGGGGUUUCUGGGGGAGGGAGAGUUUAAAAUUUUGAAAAAAAUGUUUUUACGUUUGGAAAGAAGUGGGGGGGGGGUGAAUUAGUUAUUUUUUGGUUUACUGGGAUUUACCAUUGGUAACACUAUCCAUACUCAUACUCUUAUUCCACCUCUACUGCCUCUAACCCUUCCCUUAUCUCUACUCCUAUCGACCUACGACUCUUAGCAUAAGAUUUAGUCUCACUACUCUUAGCCUUAGCUCUAGUCCCAGCUCAAGCUCUAGUCUUAGCCCUAGCUCUUGUCGGUUCUCUAGCCCAGAGCCUUAGCUUAGACUCCCACCUCAUCCAUACUUCUACCUUUACUCUGGUCUCAACCUCUAUCUCUACCUUUUCUUUUCUCUGCCUUUAGCCUAGUCUCUAUAGUUACCCCUAAUCCUACCCCUAGCCCUACCUUACCUUCAACCUCUAACUCGACCUCUAUAUCUACUCUUAUCCGUACCCCUAUCUAUCUCUACUUCUAUUCCUACCCUGACCCUGACUUCUACGCCUAACUUUAUACCUACCCUUAUCUCUACCUUUAAUUCUUACUCUAACUCUACCCAUAUCCCUACUCCUAUUUAUACUUUACUCUCUUCUUACCCUUACCUCUAUCCUCAAUGAGUUUGGCGGGAAAACGAAAUUUAAAAAAAUGUUAAAAUGUUCUGCCCUGUAUCCAACCCUGGUCUUUACCUCUAAAAAUAUAAAUUUAGACGUUAAAAAUUGCUAUUCACGCUUAUUUUUUUAUUGAUUUGGCUUGAUUUUACCUUUUUUUAAUUGAAUAUUGCUUUUUAUUUUUGCACUUUUGAAUGGCACAUAUGGUGCAUUAAAAUUAAAAAUGGGUUUUAGGACAUAAAUCGCCGCUUCAAACCGGUCCACGAACAACGAGGCAGCAUCUUUGUCGAUGAUAACACCAAAAAGCUGAUCAAAGACAAAACCAAAGACAAGCUUAGUCCGGAAGAUGAACAAUAUUACUACCAGGACUCUCCUCAAAAGCCUGACAACCUGAAGAUCGAAGGACAAGGAAUGAAGAACUCGAAGAGUUCGCCAGGUCUAUUGAAUGCGACUAAGCAUGUCAACUUUGAAGAUAAUGAAACGGAAAAACGAAAGCCCUCGAGGUUCAUGGUGACGGCUGUGGAUGACAAAAAGAGCUCGAACUCGUCGAUGGACACGGAUGUGGAAUCGGCGUCGACUCCAGCCAGGAGUAACAAGAGCUUGACCGUCAGUCAUGUCACACAGGAACUUCAGAGCACUGUUGGGGGUAGGUAAAAUACGAACUUUCUUUAAAACGCUUUAUAGUAGAGGUAAAAAUAAUGAAAAGGUGUAUUUUAAAAAACUAGUCAAAAAAUGUUAACAAGUUUUUAAAAUUUUAUGAAAAAAAGACGAAAUGUUACAAAAUUUAUUGAUUUUUUGAAAAGUGUUGCGAAGUGUCACAAAAAUUUAUGUUUUUAAAAAUCACUUUUUAAAACAUGAAUUUACAUGUUUUUUGAGGAAAGUGUGAGAAAAGGGUAGUUUUUAGACGAAUUGCCACAAAAUUAUUGUUUUUUAGAAAAAUGUUGCGAAAUGUCACAAAAACAUCGAUUUUUCAAAAAUGACUUGAUAGAUAAUAUUUUGUAGAAGGUAUUCUGUAUUUUAAUUUUCAAAAAUCGUUUAAAAAUAGUUUUUUAAACCUAAAAUACGGUUUUCAGACCUGUUCCGAAGUCUAGCCCGUCUCUCCUUCGCCAGAGGCCGAAAACCUUCGGCCGACGAGUACGAUCUUCACGGCGACGAACGAAAACGAUGGGAAAACGCUCAGCUAGCCAAAAACGUGGACUGGAAUAGUAUCGGCGUGGAUCCGGCCCCGUUCCAACUGGUCGAACAGUCAUCUCUACUUAAAGUGCACUCUCUGUUCUCGUUACUUGGCCUAAGCCGAGCUUACGUUACGAAAUGUGGACGACUGGUCGGUGUGGUGGCGUUGAGAGAUGUAGGUUGAUGUUUUGAAAGGUUUUUGAAAAUUAAAAAAAAUUUUUUUUUUAAAUUUUUUAAAAUUUUUAAAAGUGAAGCAAAUGAUAGGUUGUUCACUUAAUUCUGUGUUCUGUUUUUUUUUUAAAUUUGCGUUGAAAGGGCACAGAAUUAUUUGAACAAAUUCGGGAGGGGCACUGAAUUAUCUUAACGAUCUAAUAUUUUAGAUCCGCCUAGCCGUGGAGAAAGUCAACAACGGCCAACUCACUCUAACCACAGUCAACAUGAACACAGACAGCCCUCACGCUGUCCGCCGGAACCUGCUUCAGAAGCUACGCUCAACAGCCAACGAAGCGGUGGACGAAGACGACGCCAUGUCAGAUUACUUGAACCCACCCCUAAUCGUGGUCGAUAAAACGGCGGUCGAAGCCGAGGAUUGGCUCAAAAACAAGUCGGCUUCGGCGGAUUCUUUAACGGAUUCGAAUGAACGAAGCCGAGGCGGCAUGAUCAAAGGCUACAGUGUGGGCUCAGAUCCGUGUUUGGCCGGCAGUCCAAGCGAGGACAAUAAAAGAGUGAAAAGUAAGGAGAUUUAGUUGUUUUUGAGGGUAUGAAAUUGUAUUUUUUUAAAUUUUAGUUUUUUAAAAAAGUGGUUUUGGAAAUAUGACGAAAUGUCACAAAAAAUAUUGGUUUUUUUAAAUAAUGAUGCGAAAUGCAACAAAAAAUAUUGAUUUUCGGAAAAUUAAGUGGCUAUUGGAUUUUUCAUGGGCUGGAAAAUGCAGAUAGGAAAUUUGACGAAAUGUCAUAAAAUUUAUUGAUUUUUUUAAAUGUUGCGAAAUGACACAAGAUUUAUUGGGUUGGAAAUAACGAUAUGAUAAAAAUAUUUUUUUGAAAUUACAAAAAUCGAAAUCACAAAUUUUAAGAAACUGUGACUGAAUGUCACAAAAUUUAUUGGUUUUUGUGAAAAGUGUUGCGAAAUGUCACAAAAUUUAUUGGUCUUUUUAGAUGAUAGCAUUUCUAAAAGUCAAUACUUAUUUUAAUUUGUAAUUUUUGAGUUUUCAAAAAUUUAAAUUUAAAAAUCUUAAAUUCUAGUGGAACGCCGAGCAAAAUCGAUUGGGCUAGGAGCGGCGCUACAAGAAUCGCCAGAGAAAGCCAUCAACUUUUGGCUGGCUUCGAAUGAGAGCGAAGAGGAUGUGAACACCUCUCCACCAUUGAUAAGAAUGACCUCAGCUACACCACCAAAUGAAGUGAAUAACCUUGUUGAGGCUGGGCGAGGGCAUAAUGGCAGCCAAGGGUCUAGUCCGUGUGGCAGUGAAUAUGGAAAUAGGUAAGGACAAGGGUUGGUGAUUUUGGUGUGGGGGGGGGGUUGGUAAUUUUUUUUGGUUUGGAUAGGUCGGUUCACUGGAGAUAUCAUAGGCCAUACUGUAUUAAAAAUUUUUUUUUGGUGGUAGGGGUAGGGUAAAAUUUAGGAUAUCCACCCCCCCCAACCAUCUAAAUCUUUUUUUGAAAAUUUUUGUUUUCUAGCCUAGCCCCAGCGCCCACAACCCAAUCCUCAUCAUUACCAUCGAUCCUGAACGCGCUAGAACAGGAAUCACAUCCGGUGGAACGGAACGCCUCCACCGUGACAAUCGGCAAGAAACACAAACAAAUCCAGUUGAAACGACGCUAA